GUUUGGAGGAAAGCUCUCUGGUUUUGGUCUGAAUAUCAACCUGGGAUAUUGCAGAAAGCGUUUCACCAGUGACUUUAACAGUGAAUGUGUAAUUCUCAAUAUAGAACAAGGCUAACUAAUUUGGAAAAGUACGAGAUGAUGAACUAAUCAUGUAAACCAUUGCUUAUUACUGGCAUCUCAACAUAACAAGGGUGAACAAAAAUGGAUUGGCAUUCCCUUCAAUCUUUGCUGGGUGGAAUGAACAAGUACUCCACAUCCCUGGGGAAAGUGUGGUUCUCGGUCAUUUUCAUCUUUCGUGUCCUGGUCUUGGUGGUGGCAGCUGAGACUGUAUGGGGAGAUGAACAGAGUGACUUUGUGUGCAACACACAGCAACCUGGUUGCAGGAAUGUGUGCUAUGACCGUUUCUUCCCCAUCUCCCAUAUCAGGCUGUGGGUUUUCCAGCUCCUCUUUGUGUCCAUUCCAUCAUUUCUCAUCGGCAUGCACGUGCGUCAAAGGAAGAAAUGCAAGAUGAAUAUAAAAAUCUUUAAUCAGAAUGCAGAUUUGCAGAAAGUAAAAAUCGAUGCCCCUCUUUUUCGAACUUACUUGGUCAGCAUUUUGUUUAAGUUGCUGUUUGAAGCUGUCUUUAUGUUCUUGUUCUAUUGGAUUUAUGAAGGCUAUAAGAUGCUCAGACUUGUCAAAUGCAGUGAAUACCCUUGUCCUAACACUGUGGAUUGUUUCAUUUCUCGACCAACUGAGAAAACAAUCUGUACGAUUUUCAUGUUGGUGACUUCAGCUGUAUGCAUGCUGUUGAAUGUUGCUGAACUAUGCUACUUAAUUGUAAAAUACUCCAUUUUUCAGUACAAGCUCUGUAUUUCCAACAAAAACCAAUAAAAUAA